CAGAGACGUCUUCGUCACCUGCGGAGUAUUGCAGCAAGAAACAUCGUCAGCAAGAAUGGCUACCGUCUGUUGGACACAUACUUCACUCUACACUUGUGCAAUGACUCAAACAUUUACAAAGAAUUUUACAAGAGUGAGGUCGUGAAAGACUCUUUGAAUCCUACGUGGAGAAGUCUUGACUUUGGCUUGAUGCCCGAUAGACUGGACACAUCUGUGUCCUGUUUUGUGGUUCGGAUAUGGGGUGGAAGAAAUGAUGAUUUCCAGCUCCUUAUUGAAUGGAAAGUGAACCUUGAUGGGCUUAAAUAUUUGGGCCCACAGAUUCGCGCAUGCAACCCCAAUGAAAUCAUUUUUGGCCUGAAUGACGGUUAUUAUGGAGCCUCAUUUGAAAGCAAGAGCAGUACUGAAUCACGCAGGAAUAGCCAUCUUCAAGUGGAGCAGAACGCUGUGCGCAACUCCUAUGGAGUGUUCUCCCUGCUCAGCUUCAUCGGGCCCAGUGUGCAAUCAGCAGACCCAAGUGACGGUUCAAAAAAUUGGAAACAGUAGAUUGAAGAGAAAUUGCGGUCUUUCUUCAUCAAGCAACAACCUGAAAAAAGAGAGCGAGUGUUUACGCCUGAAGAUACUGGUCCUCCAGGAUGAACUGGAGAGGCAAAAGAAAGCUUUGGGCCGGGAGGUGGAGCUAUUGCACAAGGAGCGCAAUGCACUUAAUGUUAGAUGUCAUAAAUUUAAUGUACAGCGCGAGAAGUUGCAGAAAAAGAGCGAGUCUCUUAACGAAUUAAGAAAAGAAUGUACAGCAAAGAGAGAAAAUUUCCUAAAGACCAAUGCUCAGCUCACCAUUCGUUGUCGGCAGUUACUGUCUGAGCUCUCGUAUAUUUAUCCAAUUGAGGCGCAUGACCAAAAGGAUUAUUUUAUCUGUGGUGUGAAACUACCAAAUUCCGAAGAUUUUCAAGCAAAGGAUGAUGGCAGCGUAGCUGUUGCUUUAGGCUACACAGCUCACCUAGUUUCCAUGAUCUCCUUCUUCUUGCAAGUACCCCUGAGGUAUCCUAUCCUACACAAGGGCUCAAGGUCUGCAAUCAAAGACAAUAUCAAUGAUAAGCUCACAGAGAAGGAGAGAGAGUUUCCUUUGUAUCCAAAAGGAGGUGAAAAGCUGCAGUUUGACUACGGAGUAUACCUUCUCAACAAAAACAUAGCUCAGUUAAGAUAUCAGCAUUCACUUGGGACCCCGGACUUACGACUGACUCUUCCAAACCUCAAAACUUUCUUAGAGCAUGGCUUAUUGGUCAGAUGUGAUCGACAUCAUAUCUCAAGUGCAAUCCCUGUACCAAAGAGGCCGGCCAGCUCCACAUUUGGAAGCCACGAUGUUGGCUUUUCAAGCCGAACCCCAACACCUGAGAAAGGACCAAGGAAAAGGGCAAGCUCUGAGAACGAAAAAAAAAACUCAGUACAGAACCCCUCCUCCAAGCUACAAGGCGGCAGUGGCUGAGCCCAUUGCGAUCUUGGUUCCGGCAGAGAAAGGACAUUUUGCCUCCUCUCUAGAUGCGGGCAUUGAUCUGUCCAAAGGAAGUGGUCACAAAGAUUUCAGUGAAAGCCUCAAUGGAGACAGUAGAGCAACACCUGAGAGCCAUGAUCGCAGUCAUGACGAGCAGUUCUCAGACUCUUCUAGCGCCGUCAAUGGGACUUUAUUACAAAAUGAAAGUAUGGAGUUUGUGAGUGAAGGCCUCCCCUGUAUCCUCCAUCCCUCACAAAGUGCCGAUCUGCACUGUGCAGUGGAACAGGCCGAGGAGAUUCUUGGUACUGAAGCAGCAGAUUUCACCUCAGGAGAUCAACUGGAGGCAUUUAAUAGCAUUCCCGUAGACCACGCCGUGGCUGUAGAGUGCGAUGAGCAAGUGUUAGGGGAGUUUGAAGAGUUCUCCCGUAGAAUUUACGCACUGAAUGAAAGCAUGUCAAGUUUCCGUAGACCUAGAAAAAGUUCUGACAAA